UUUUUUUAUAUUAGUUUGUUCUGUUGGCCGGUGGCGGGGGAGGAACUUUAUUGUUAGAUUUGAUUUUGAAUGAUUUCGAGAGCAUAUUGCUGAGAGAAGUGUUGUAGAGUUGGCAUUGGGGUAUGCAGCUUUAUUCAUCCGUAAAGGAACUAUGGAAGGUGACACUACCGUAUCUACUCCUUCCGCUGGGCUCAGAUAUAGAGAUGGUACUCAGAGAAUCCGACCUAUUCAUGGGAGGACUACUGGUCCAACAAGAAGAUCUACUAAAGGACAUUGGACAGCUGAAGAGGAUGAUAUUCUGCGCAAAGCUGUUCAAUAUUUCAAGGGGAAAAAUUGGAAAAAGAUAGCGGAAUGUUUCAAGGAUCGGAGUGAUGUACAGUGCUUACACAGGUGGCAAAAGGUCCUGAACCCGGAACUUGUUAAAGGGCCAUGGACAAAAGAGGAGGAUGAGAUGAUUAUUGAGUUGGUGAAUAAAUUUGGGCCAAAAAAGUGGUCAACCAUUGCUCAGCACUUACCUGGACGUAUUGGAAAGCAAUGCAGGGAAAGGUGGCACAAUCAUCUCAAUCCUGGCAUAAACAAAGAGGCGUGGACUCAGGAAGAGGAGCUGGCUCUUAUUCGUGCUCAUCAGAUUUUUGGGAACAGAUGGGCAGAGCUCUCAAAAUUCUUGCCAGGAAGGACAGACAAUGCCAUAAAAAAUCACUGGAACAGUUCAGUCAAAAAGAAGUUGGAUUCUUACAUAGCAUCAGGCCUUCUGGAACAAUUUCAGUUCCCACUUAGUGCAAAUCAAAGUCAGACCAUGCCUUCAUCUUCUACGAGGAUGCAGAGCAAUGCAAAUGAUGAUGGUGCCAAAUGUAUGAAAGAAUCAGAGGACAUGUUGGAAUGCAGUCAACAGUCGAAUAUGAUUGGUUGCUCUCAAUCCACAAGUGAUUUAUGUAAAGCUGCUGUACAUACAGGUGAGCAAUUACACUUGACUGAAAUGCCUGGAGUGGAAAACGAGAAGCAUUGCAGUCCAGCACCUUGUGCAGAAGAGUAUUACCCAUCUUUUGAAGAUGUCAACUUCUCUGUUCCAGAAAUAACUUUUGAAGCUGGGUACUCUUCCAGUGGGAAUUACCAGUUUGGUGAGCAUAUGUUGAUAACUUAUGAUAAAUGUUGUAGGGUCCUAUUCUCAGUGGCAAUGAAUGAUGGAUGCAUUGCCUCUGAAAAUUUUAUGCAAGGGUCUAAUAUGGCUGAAUUGGGUGGCUGUGCAAGUACAUCACUUUGUCAGCCUUCAGUCAUCCAACAAUCCGAAACUGGAAAUACUCCAGCCUCACAAUCUGCUCUUCCUUCAAGGUCUGAGGUAUUGGCAACCUCGUGCUGUCAGUCUUCUGCAUCUCCUUCACUUCAUUCAGUGGAGGAUGGUACACUUAUGUAUAGCCGAGAGCCCAGUCAAUUAAAUGGUCAUGAUGUCUUCGUCUUUACUAAUGAUGAUCAUACAGAUGAUACAGACCUACAAGACCAAUCUUACCUUGCAAAGGAUUCUCGGAAGUUGGUUUCAGUUAAUAGUUUUGGUUCAGAAUCAAAUGCAUUGCUAACUUGCCUUGCUGCUGAUGAUAAGCAAAAUUUACCUGCAGAACAAGAUGCCGGAGGUCUAUGUUACGAGCCUCCUCAAUUUCCAGGCUUGGAUAUCCCAUUUUUCAGCUGUGAUCUUAUACCAUCUGGAAAUGAUGUGCAGCAAGAAUAUAGUCCCCUUGGUAUUCGCCAGCUGAUGAUAUCUUCAAUGAACUGCAUCUCUCCAUUUAGGUUGUGGGAUUCACCAUCCUGGGACAGCAGUCCAGAUGCUGCGCUUAAAAGUGCUGCCAAAACUUUUACUGGCACACCAUCCAUACUGAAGAAGCGUCAUUGCGACCUAUUAUCACCUUUAUCGGAAAGAAGAAAGGAGAAAAAGCUGGAAACUGACUUUACAUCCAGUUUGACAAAAGAUUUCUCUCGUUUGGAUGUCAUGUUUGAUGAGAAUGUCUCUGCCAACACAUCUCAGGUGUCUCUAUCUGAACAUAAAACCAAUGCUAGAGGCUCUGAUGAAGAAAAAGGAAACCGGCGUCAAAAAUUUCAAGGAGAACUUGACAAUGGUGAAGAUCACACCGAGCCAUUCAAUGUUGAAGCUCCAAAGAAAGAUUCUGAUGGAACUAAUUUCCAGGAAGCCUAUGGUAUUGAUACCAAGGACAAAACUUAUGUUCAUGCUUCCGAAAAAAUUGUCCAACAGCCUUCGUCAGUGCUUAUCGAGCAUAAUGUAAAUGAGCUACUAUUGUUUUCUCCUGAUCGUGUUGGUCUUAAAGCUGACAGGCCAUUAUUGCCUUCAGGCAUACGAACUCGACAAAGUCAGAAUCAUAAAAGCUUUAGAGCUGUUUCAUCAAAUCAAGGUCUUGCUUCUGAGUGUUUAUCAGGAAAUGCAUGCUUAGUUGUUAGCUCUCCCACUCUGAAAGUAAAGAACAGUGAAGGAGGCCACUCAAUUACUGCAACUGCAGUACAAUGUACCAAUUCAUCCGCAACCCUUGAGAAUUUGGCCGAUAAUGCUGGGAUUGAUGCUGCUACUGAAAAUUAUAACAUAUUCGCUGGAGCUCCAUCCAAAAGAAGUAUCGAAUCACCGUCGGCAUGGAAGUCUCCUUGGUUUAUUAACUCUUUCAUUCCAGGCCCAAGGAUUGACACGGAAAUAAAAAUUGACGACAUAGGAUACGUAAUGAGCCCUGCGGAAAGAAGCUACGACGCCAUUGGGUUGAUGAAACAAUUAAGCGAGCAUACUGCUGCUGCUUACGCCGGUGCCAUGGAGGUUUUGGGAAACGUAACUCCAGAAUCAAUAGUAAAAGGAAGACGUACCAAGAAUCGUCAUGUGGACAAAGAGAAUAACUGUCUUGAGAGCCAUUCAAAUUUGGCUCCAAAUAUCUUGAUAGAACGCCGACUCCUCGAUUUUAGCGAAUGUGGAACACCAAGAAAGGAAACUGAUAACAUGAAGUCCUUGACACCAAUAACCGUGAGUUUCUCGAGCCCCUCGUCCUAUCUUCUAAAAGGUUGCAGAUAG